GCGAGAGAGCCCCAGCGAGCCGCCUCCAGCCCCGGAGCGCGAGGAAGAAGCAGCCGCCACCGCCGCGCUCUCGCUCUCUCCCUCUCUUUCUCUGCGCGCCCACCUGCCUUCCUUCGGCCCCUGCGGAAAGGCGGAGUUGCAGCUCCAGCUCCCGCCAGCUGCUGCUGCUGCUUCUCCCGCUUGCAGGGCUUCCCUUCCCUGCGCUCUCGCCGCCGACGGAGCCCGGACUCUGAGCCGAAGAGGACGACGAAGAAGAGGAGGAGGAGGAGCGCGCGUGGCUCGCCUAUUGUUUCCCAGCAGCGGCGGCGGAGGAGUUUUUUGGGGUCCGCGGGGGGAGGGGGGGGGACACACCUGGGCCUCCCCCCCACCUUGAAAGGCUCGCCUGCGCCCGGGAAGGACCCCCCCCCCGUCUCUCCCUCCUUCCGAGCGAUUAGCUGAAGACCUUCACUUUAAGGAAGAAGGAAACGAUUCUCUGUUGGCCAGCAAACAUCCAAGCCCUCAUGGAUUCUGAGAACUCUGUUGCUGACCAGUAGCAGGAGAAGUGGGAUGUUUACGUGGAAGUGUCUUAUUUUGGGGGCUGUGCUGGUCAUAGCCACGCUGUCCACUGCAAGACCAGCGCAGACCUUGCCGGAACAAGUUCUCCCCCAAACAAGCCUUGAAGUGGAGUCUUACUCGGCUCACCCUGGCGACCUCCUCCAGUUGCGCUGCCGCCUCCGGGACGAUGUUCAGAGCAUCAACUGGGUACGAGACGGGGUGCAGCUAUCCGAGAACAACCGGACGCGCAUCACAGGGGAGGAGGUAGAGGUCAGGGACGCUGUGCCCGAGGACUCGGGCCUUUACGCCUGCAUGACCAACAGCCCCUCAGGAAGCGAGACCACCUAUUUCUCCGUGAACGUCUCAGAUGCUCUCCCCUCUGCAGAAGAUGACGAUGACGAUGAUGACUCUUCCUCGGAAGAAAAGGAAGCAGACAAUUCCAAACCGAACCAAGCCAUCCCACCUUACUGGACCUACCCAGACAAAAUGGAGAAGAAACUCCAUGCAGUUCCUGCUGCCAAAACUGUGAAGUUUAAAUGUCCUUCUAGUGGGACACCCACCCCUUCACUCCGUUGGCUGAAGAACGGCAAGGAAUUCAGACCUGAUCAUCGCAUUGGUGGAUACAAGGUUCGCCAUGCAACUUGGAGCAUCAUCAUGGACUCUGUGGUGCCAUCGGAUAAAGGCAACUACACUUGCAUUGUGGAGAAUAAAUACGGAGCCAUCAAUCACACCUACCACCUUGAUGUUGUUGAAAGAUCUCCUCACCGGCCUAUCCUACAAGCUGGGCUCCCAGCUAACAAGACAGUCUCAUUAGGUAGCAAUGUGGAAUUUGUUUGCAAGGUCUAUAGUGACCCUCAACCCCACAUCCAGUGGCUGAAGCACAUUGAAGUCAAUGGAAGCAAGAUUGGACCAAAUAACUUGCCUUUUGUUCAAGUCUUGAAGCACUCGGGAAUAAAUAGCUCUGAUGCGGAAGUGCUGACCCUCUAUAAUGUGACAGAGGCUGAAAGCGGGGAGUAUGUUUGUAAGGUUUCCAAUUAUAUUGGUGAGGCUAACCAGUCUGCGUGGCUGACCGUCACCAGACCCGUGGCUGAAGCUAUAGAAGACAAACCAGCUCUGAUGACCUCUCCUUUGUACUUGGAGAUCAUCAUUUACUGCACGGGGGGCUUCCUCAUCUCCUGCAUGAUUGUGACCGCCCUCAUUUACAAGAUGAAGAGCACCACCAAGAAGACCGAUUUCAACAGCCAGUUGGCCGUCCAUAAACUGGCCAAGAGCAUCCCCUUACGAAGACAGGUCUCAGCUGAUUCCAGUUCCUCCAUGAACUCUGGUGUGAUGCUUGUGCGUCCCUCAAGGCUCUCCUCCAGUGGGACCCCAAUGCUGACCGGGGUCUCUGAAUACGAGUUGCCAGAAGACCCUCGCUGGGAGCUGCCCAGGGACAGGCUGAUUCUAGGAAAACCUCUGGGAGAAGGUUGUUUUGGGCAAGUGGUCCUGGCUGAAGCAAUAGGCUUGGAUAAAGACAAGCCAAACCGAGUUACUAAAGUGGCAGUCAAAAUGCUAAAAUCUGAUGCCACUGAAAAAGACCUGUCUGACCUGAUCUCAGAGAUGGAGAUGAUGAAGAUGAUUGGAAAACACAAGAACAUCAUCAAUCUCCUUGGAGCGUGUACUCAGGACGGCCCGCUCUAUGUGAUAGUUGAGUAUGCGUCCAAAGGGAACUUAAGGGAAUACCUCCAAGCCCGCCGUCCUCCUGGCAUGGAAUAUUGCUAUAACCCCACCCACGUCCCAGAAGAACAACUCUCUUUCAAAGACCUGGUAUCCUGCGCAUACCAAGUGGCCAGGGGCAUGGAAUACCUUGCAUCCAAAAAGUGCAUUCACCGAGAUUUGGCUGCCAGGAAUGUGCUGGUAACGGAAGACAUUGUGAUGAAGAUUGCUGAUUUUGGCCUUGCUCGAGACAUUCACCACAUAGACUAUUACAAAAAGACAACCAACGGUCGUCUUCCAGUGAAAUGGAUGGCCCCAGAAGCCUUGUUUGAUAGAAUAUACACCCACCAGAGUGACGUGUGGUCCUUCGGUGUCCUCUUGUGGGAGAUCUUCACCCUGGGGGGCUCUCCGUACCCGGGAGUGCCAGUGGAGGAGCUGUUCAAACUGCUGAAAGAGGGGCAUCGGAUGGACAAACCCAGUAAUUGCACCAAUGAACUGUACAUGAUGAUGCGGGAUUGCUGGCACGCUGUUCCAUCCCAACGGCCGACCUUUAAGCAGCUGGUCGAAGACUUAGAUAGGAUCGUGGCCAUGACCUCCAACCAGGAAUACCUGGACCUCUCUCUACCAUUGGACCAGUAUUCUCCCAGUUUUCCAGACACUCGCAGUUCCACCUGCUCGUCUGGAGAGGACUCCGUUUUUUCCCACGAUCCCCUCCCUGACGAACCUUGUCUUCCCAAGCAUCCACCUCACCUUGCCAAUGGUGGACUCAAAAGGCGCUGAUGCCGCAACAUCUGGGGGACCCUUCUGUGCAUACGAGUGUGGAGCGUGUGUGUCAGUGAAUGAAUGGGUGUGCGUCUUUGUGCACAGUCUCCGUCCAGCUGGGCUGGAGGGCGGACCACCGGAGGGGCAGCCGUUAAGGAACUGCGAAAAAGUCCAUUCCAAGCAACCAAGCCUACUCAUCCUCAUCAUCUUCGAUACACUGCCAUCUGUUGCAAGCCUUAAGCCUUCUGAAGAGCUGCUCAUACGAAUCUUGUGGGAAGCGGUGUCUAAACAAGAACAACAAAAAGGAAGAUCCCGAUGUCUGUUCCUACGCAGAAGCAUGUUGUUACUUCUCAGAAGGAGAUUCUGGAGUAGGGGGUAAAGGACGUUCCCGUGAAGGUGGAAGUCCUUCCUUUUUCCCCAUUCAUCAAUCCGAAGCUCUGCGACCUGCGAGAGCUCAGAAAGCAGAGCUGCCACGCACAAGGCUACCUUACCUGUGGGCAUCAAGAUUCUCUACGCCAGGGGUGUCAAACUCGAUUUCAUUCAGGGUUGUGUGUGACCUUGGGGGCCGGGUGGGCAUGACCAGCUCGACGUCACUUGUGGCGCAGGUGCCUGUGGCAGCCCGCGCACUCUGCCAGCGAAAACGGCGCUCGGGAGGCUGCGACGGCCUCCUGCAACCCUCUGGAAGCAAACUCUGCACGCAGCCCUCCCGAGCUCCAUUUUCGCUGGCCGAGGGUUGCAGGAGGCCGUCGCAGCCUCCCGAGCUCCAUUUUCGCUGGCCGAGGGUUGCAGGAGGCCGUCGCAGCCUCCCGAGCUCCGUUUUCACUGGGAGAGGCACUGUGGGCCGGUCCUUCGCUGUUUCCAGUGUGGCCCUGCAGGCCGGAUCCAGUCCACGGGCCUUGCGUUUGACACCCCUGCUCUACUCUGAAAAAAUUUUAGCGCCUCCUGUUUGAGGAUCUGUUGCCGUCUCAUCCAAAACUGAAGUCCACGCCCACGAUAACCACCUAAUUCUGGAAGCUAUUCUGGCAGCACAACAUUCUGCAGGUUGAACAGAGGAAGCUACUCCAUUGUUCCUAAGGUGUCUUAGGAGCGCACUGUCCAUUGGUACUUUGUUGAUCAAAUGUGAAAGUGAUCUACCACAUCAUAUAUCAUACACAGCUCUGGUCUAAAAUUUAAAGGAGGCAGCCCCCAAGGAAUUCAGGGCUUGGACAUUUUCAGACAAAACCAAGGAAAUUAAAGAAAACUUUUGUACAUAGCUGCCACAAAAAUGUAUAAAUAUUAAUUAUAUAUUUACAUGGUUUUUUUUUUUUUUAAAUGGUGGUUACCAGAGAGAUUAUCACCUUGAUAGUAAGUUUACUAGUGACUGGUAGGUAUCAGUUGCUAUAAAAGAAAACCCCCAAACAAAUCAUAUAUUUUGCUACUUCUGCUGGUUUUGCUUUGUUUUGUUUUAUUAUUAUUAUUUUUUUUUUAAAUUAUGUUCUAAAACUUUUAUUUUCAGUUUAGGUACUUCAAUAAAAACAAAUUGCUGCUUCGAUUUUAUAUGGGAUUAUAUGAAAACGGCAAGUUUGUGGGUAACCAAGCCUUUGGAGGGGAGAAGAUUUGAAAUCUUACCCAUCUCCUGUUAUGCACCUGCUCACCUGUACUACAGGCCCCUCUAGACCCAGAGUCCCCCUCUAUAAAUCCCCUUACUUACUCACUCCCUUGCUGUUAAGAUAGAGUGAUGCCAGCCAUCCUGUUGGUCCUGAAGACUCCUAACUUAGUGACUCUAACAAGACUGGGUGCUGUUCUUUACCGAUAGAAAUUGCCAUGGGUGGGAUUCGACCGGUUCGGGCGAAUCGGUAGCUCCGACGAUCAGAUCCGGCCACCCGCGUUAUUUUCCUAACCUUUAUCUUCUCAGCUGAUUCGCAUGGUAGGGUGGAUUGCCGCACGAAUCAGCUGUGUUACUCCUCUGAAGAAACCAGGAAGUGAAGAUUUCUUCAAACUGCGCACGCACGCACGCGGCAAAUGCGCGUGAUCACCGAACCGGUUGUUAAACCGGGAGGAUCCCACCACUGGAAAUGGCCCAUCUCCCGUUUUAUACUGAGGGAGCAAGGUUUCCCCAGACAACCACGUGGGGAAAUUCUCCAACAGAUUGUGCUAGGUUGGCAGCUUUGAAUAAGCACAGGACGUCAUCAACAUACAACUACAACGGAGUCCAAAAUGGCUAACCAAGACACUUAAGUGAGGUUUGCCCCCAUUUUACGACCUUUCUUUGCCCCAGUUGUUCAGAGAAUCAUUGCCGUUAUGUUAGCAACGCGGUUGUGAAACGGAUCUAGCUUCCCCGUUGACUUCUGUUUGUCAGAAGGUCGUGGGGCUGCUACAAAGGUUGUAAGUUUGAAAAAUGGUCAUCGGUCACUUUUUUCAGUGCCGUCGUAACUUUGAACAGUCACUAAAUGAACCAUUGUAAGUCGAGGACUACCUCUAUUUGGGCAUAGGGAAAAAAAAUCUAAAAGAUUUGUCUCUCUUUCUUCUCCUUUCGUCUUUUUUUUAAAAAAAUACCUGAAGGCUUAUUUCAGAAAUCAAGUCUUAUGGGAGAAGUUAGGAGAAAGAUGUUCACUUCCUUUUCUUCAAAUACCACUACAUUAUCCCAACCACUAUCGUAUUUCCAGUGGUGAAAUGUAAAAUUUGUUACUACCAGUUCUGUGGGCGUGGCUUGGUGGGGGGAAGGUAAUAUGACUGAGUGGGCGUGGCCAACUUUUUUUUUUUCCCCCAACUUUUAAAACCAUUUCUUCUACAACCUCUUCAGCUGAAGAGGUUAUAGAAAAAAUGUUUUUAAAAGGAAAAAAAGCCUCUGCCGAUCAGGCAAGUCAGCUUGGAUCAUCAGAGGUUUUAAAAGCAUUUUUUUAACAACCUCUUCAGCCAAAGAAAUUGUUGAAAAAAUGCUUUUAAAAGCCUCUGAUGAUCCCAGCUGAGCCGCGCGAUCAUCAGAGGCUUUUUUUUUUUUUUUAACUUUUAAAAGCAUUUUUUCGGCCAAAGAGGUUGUAGAAAAAAAUGCUUUUAAAUUUUUUUAAAAAGCCUCUGAUGAUUGCACGGCUCAGCUGGGCAAUGUGGGGAGGGGAGGGAUUUUUGCUACCGGUUCUCCGAACCACUUGCCUCCAUCGCUACCGGAUCGGGUGAUCCGGUCCAAACCAGGAGCAUUUCAUCCCUGCUUAUUUCUCCCAAAAUAAGAGCUAAUCAGAAAAUAAGCCCUAGCAUGAUUUUUCAGGAUCCUUGUAAUAUAAGCCCUACCCCAAAAAUAAGCCCCAGUUAAGAUCAGCCAGAUGGACGCAUUUACAGUAUUUCCUCCAAAAAUAAGACCUAAUUGGAAAAUAAGCCCUAAUGCAUAUUUUGGAGCACAAAUUAAUAUAAGACCCAGUCUUAUUUUUGGAGAAAUAUGGUAACAAGCCUGUACAAAUUUUGCUAUGUGAAGUAUUACUUGCUUUAAACUCACCUACUAAUAUUUUAUUCCCUUUUUUGACCCAUUCUGUGGAUGCUGGUGUCCAAUUACACCACCUCUGCAGAAUCAAAGUAAGUCAACUCUAACACCCAUAGUUAGUAGUUAGUCCUCGAUUUACAAUAGUUCAUUUAGGGACCCUUCAAAGUUACAAAUUCACUGAAAAAAAGUGACUUACAAUCAUUUUUCACACUUAAUGGCCAUUGCAACAUCCUCAUGGACACAUGAUGGGACCCAAGAUUUGGAUCCUUGGCAACUGGUUCAUAUUUAUGACGGUCGCAGUGUCCCGCGGUCACCUUUUGCGACCUUCUGACAAGCAAAGUCAAUGGGGAAGCCAGAUUCAUUUAAUAACCGGGUCGUUAACAACUGCAAUUGAUUCACUUAACAAUCGUGGGAAGAAAAGUUGUAAAAUAGGGCAAAGCUUCGCAACAAAUGCUUCACUUAACAACAUAGGUUUAUGGCUCAAUUAUGGUUGUAAAUCGAGGACUACCUGUAUUCUCAAAUUCUUUCUUCUGUUCCUGCCAUUGUAAAGGCGUGACUCCUUGGUACCCACCGAAUCUUUUGGGCGUGCUGCUCCCAGAAUUCCCCAGCAAACUUUGUGCUGGAGGAUUCUGGGAGUUGCACCCCCAUAUAUUUGGUGUCGUGUUUCUGUGUAACCUAAAUCCACCAUCAUUCAUCCUAUACUCGGAAGCUUGUCCUGCCUUUGUAUGGAACCAAUGAAUUGCGUUUUUAAACAUUUCUGUAUCAGAUUUGGAAGUCUUGUAAUUUAUUUUUUACGGGAAAGAAUUUUAAUUGUUGAGAGUCCUGGAACUCUCUUGUUGCCUCCUUUUGUGUGCCUUUUUUCCAGAAUCGAUCGCAAACUGGAGAAUAAAUCAUACAUUUAUGUCCA